CACCUGCUACUGCCAUACACACAGCGGGUCCCCGGCGGAGUGAUACACUUGUUACAAGCUGUCAACGCGCAGCCCCGGCGGAGUGAUACACAUGCUGCAGCCAGCGGCGCCCCGGCGGAGGGAGUAUUAAAGCGUGUAUACCUCGGGAUGGCGUCUGCUGAUCUGAGACAGGAGCUGGUCUGUUCCGUCUGCCUGAGCAUUUAUACUGAUCCUGUAACCCUGAGAUGUGGCCACAACUUCUGCCGAGGCUGUAUUGCUUGUGCGCUGGAUGCACAAGAAGGGUCUAGAGCCUAUUCCUGUCCUGAGUGCAGAGCAGAGUUUCAGAAGCGUCCUGCUCUGAUACGGAACAUAACCCUGUGUAACAUAGUUGGCAGUUUCCUAUCUACCUUGAAAGAUCAUGAAGAGACUGGAAUAUUUUGUUGUUACUGUAUUCACUCUCCUGUACCUGCUGCUAAAUCCUGUCUGAUGUGUGAGGCUCAUCUGUGUGAUAAUCACCUGAGAGUACACAGCAAGUUAGCAGAUCAUGUCUUAUCUGAUCUCACCACUGACCUGGGGAACAGGAAAUGCUCCAUCCAUAAGAAGGUCCUGGAGUAUUACUGCACUGAGGAUGAUGUCUGUGUCUGUGUGUCCUGCUGUCUGAUUGGGGAACACAGGGAACACCAGGUGGAGUCGCUGGAUGAUGCCUCUGAGAAGAGGAAGCAGAAGCUGAGAGAUGUUCUUCAGAAACUGAGCACAAAGAGAGCGGCUGCAGAGAAACGAGUCCAGAGUUUGCUGGAACGCAGGAGAGAUAAUCAGGAAAAAGCAGCAGGUAUAGCAGAGAGAGUCACUACCCUGUUUAGCGACAUCAGGAGACAGCUGGAAGACCUGGAGAAGAGAGUCCUGAGUGAGAUCUUCAGGCAGGAAGAGCGCGUUUCACUCUCCGUCUCUGAUCUGAUCCAGCAGCUGGAAAUAAAGAAGGAGGAGCUGUCCAGGAAGAUGCGUCACAUUGAGGAGCUGUGUAACAUGUCUGAUCCAGUGACUGUCUUACAGGAACCAGACACAGUUGACAUACUGUGUGAUACCAAGGGCAGGAAGAGACCCUAUACACACGUCCAUGAUGGAGGAGAUCUGAAUGUGGGUCCUAUCUCAGAGACAUUGCACACAUUGUCUGAUAUAAUAACAGGUAUAAAUACAGGAAUCUAUGGGCAGGAAGCUACAGACCCAUUACUGGAUGUAGUCAAAGCUGAGAAUACUGAUUCAGAUAUAACAGAUACUAAUACAGGGAUCUUUGUGCAGGAACCUGUAGACAUAUUCCUGGAUGUAACCACAGCUGGUAAUAAUAUAUUUAUAUCCGGUGACGGGAAAACUGCAUCAGUAACACGAGCUAGAUUUCAAUAUCAGGUUAUAAGUACCAGAGGAUUCACCUCAGGGCGAAAUUGCUGGGAUGCUGAGAUCUGUAAUAUAUCUUACUGGAGGGUGGGGAUGUGUUACCCCAGUAUAGACAGGAAAGGACGGCAGUCGCACAUAGGAGAGAAUCACAAGUCUUGGUGUGUGCGUGGGCACAAUAAUAAAUACACAGUGAUGCAUGAUGAUAUAGAUAUCCGGUUACCUGAGCUUACUCUCUGUGAGCGAGUGAGGAUAGUUGUGGAUUACGAUGCAGGACAGCUGUCAUUUUAUUCUGUUGAUUUCUACUCCACCAGACACUUGCACACCUUCAACACCACCUUCACCGAACCCAUUCAUGCAGCAUUAUGGCUAAGGAAAGGGAAUAUAAUUAUAUCUGGGGUAAAGUCAGGAGCGGAGACAGAUGCUGAUGUGUAGGCUUACAUUCAUUUUUUGUGCUGAAAAUUAGACAAUUUUAAGGCUUUGAAAAGCAGUAAGUGCGGAACUACGUGAGAGUGGCCAGAGUUUUACACCUCCAUAGGGGAUGGGUAUGACCGCUGGGCAGGAGAGUGGUCACCAUACCGACGACGGAAUCCCAUCAGCGCGGGGGGGG